GGGGUCGGUAAAUAGUGGUGACGUCAGGCCGCCGCCAAGAUGGCGGAGGGGGAGGACGCGGGCUGGUGGCGGAGCUGGCUGCAGCAGAGCUACCAGGCCGUCAAGGAGAAGUCGACAGAAGCUUUGGAGUUCAUGAAACGGGACCUGGCCGAGUUCACCCAAGUAGUGCAGCAUGAUACAGCCUGCACUAUUGCUGCUACGGCCAGUGUGGUCAAGGACAAACUGGCAAAGACAGAAGGUUCCUCAGGUGCAACUGAAAAGGUGAGGAAAGGGCUCUCUGACUUCCUGGGUGUCAUCUCGGACACGUUUGCUCCUUCCCCAGAUAAGACCAUUGACUGCGAUGUCAUAACGCUGAUGGCAACACCCACAGGUACCACAGAGCCCUACGACAGCGCUAAGGCUCGUCUCUACAGUCUUCAGUCAGACCCAGCCACCUACUGCAAUGAACCUGAUGGCCCUGCUGAGCUCCUUGAGGCCUGGCUCUCUCAGUUUAACCUAGAGGAGAAGAAAGGGGAGAUCUCAGAGCUGCUGGCAACCAGCCCUUCCAUCCGUGCACUUUACAGCAAGAUGGUCCCUGUGGCUGUUUCUCAUUCUGAAUUCUGGCAGCGCUACUUCUAUAAAGUGCAUCGCCUGGAGCAGGAUGAGGUCCGAAGGGAAGCUCUGAAGCAGAGAGUGGAGCAGAGCAUGCACCGAGAGGAGCCAGGCUGGGAAGAGGACGAAGAGGAGUUUUUGGGAAUGUCACCCCUGCCUUGUGGAAAUGUGAAAUUUCCAGGAGCAGCAGAGAAAGAAUCUGCCCCUGCAGCCCUGGAGGGAAGCCACCCCACCCCUCUCAAGGGAGCUUCAGAAGAAAGCUGGGCUGUCCCCCCUUCUGAUUCAGCCCCAGCAGAGGGGAGCCCUUCUGAGAGCAGUGAGAGCGUCUCCCUUGUGACUCAGAUUGCAAACCCUGUCUCUGUGCCUGCUGCACAGCUACAGACUGGAGUACAACCAGCGGGGACCCAGGACCUCUCCCAAAGGCUGCUGGAGGCCACCUCAGAAGAGCAGGGCUCCCUACCAAAGCCUGCAGAACCUGGCCAUCCUUCUGCAGCUGCCUCGGAGCUGGCAGCAUCCUCAGAGCGGCGAGCUGUCACAGAGCUCAAAGAGGUGGAGAGCAAAGUCCAGAGCAGGACAGAGACUCUGAAAGAGGAAGGACCAACAGAUUUACGAGUCUUCGAGCUGAAUUCAGAUAGUGGGAAAUCCACACCCUCCAACAAUGGCAAGAAAGGCUCCAGCACUGAUAUCAGUGAGGACUGGGAGAAGGACUUUGAUUUGGACAUGACUGAAGAGGAGGUGCAGCUGGCGCUCUCGAAGGUGGAGGUAUCUGGGGAGCUGGAAGAUGAAGAGUGGGAAGACUGGGAGUAAAGCGACUGCUUCCAGUGUGUAUCACAGGCUCAUUUCCACCAUCGAAUGUGAAUUAAAUCACGGACCGGCUAUUCCUUUGUGUGUACUGUGCUGGGGAUUGCAGUUCCAGGCUAGAAGAGUUUCAUCCCUGCUCCAUCCCUGCCUCUGGGCAACUUAAAUGACCUGUUCAGAUCUGGAGGAGGAGGAAGCAGGAGUUCACUUGUACACUUAGCUGCUAGGGAGCCCAUCGUCUCGGUAGAUCCUAGAGACUUGGCAAGGCCAAAACUGACUGCUCUUGACAGUGGGAUGGAGGCAAGUGUGGUGCAGUGAGAGGUCCCUGGGGUAAGCUGGACACUGAGACACCUACCAGGAUUGCUUGGUGCCCCCAGACUGCCAGUUAGCUGAUUGUCUGCUUGUGUGUGUGUGCAUAACCUACCAUACAGCAGUUCAGAGGCUCUUCAAGGCAAGCUGCUCCUGCUUGGUUGCUGCUCUGCACUGCCAAGCCAUCCCUGGAAAAAGCCUCUGAAUGGGGACUGGCCAGGGGCUGGAGAUGCCACAGCUGAAGUAGCUCCUGCCAUUCCACUUGCUGCUGCAAGGAAAGGCAGUUGGCUUGUGGCUUUGGUUCAAAGCUGGGCCCUGCUGUAAGGAGCCAAGCUCCCUGCCAAUUCCUGAGCUUCUGUCUGGCCUGGCUUUUUGUCUUGGAAGGUUUUUCUAAUGGAAACUAUUUCCUGCUGCAAGAACAGCAGCUUUUCUAAGAGCCAAGGGCUGAUGCUUUUCCCUUUGCAGCUAUCUUAGCUGCACUAUUUUCCUCUGCUGGGUUUUGAGUACUUUAGUUAAAUUUUCCAAGCAAAGUACUUGUGGCUUGCAAUUACCUGAGCACUUCAGGCAAGCAGUGAUCUGAGUCACCCUUGUGGUGCCCAGUUCAGCCCCCUGACUGCUUUGACCUCUGCCUUGGCUACAAGGUUCAGCUGAUCCUCUCCUCCUGGGGGCAGGUGAGUGCGGAUGGUACCUGCUGGCUGAGACUGUGUUAAUUUGUCAGACUCUCCCUCAUGUCCCAGCUGCACCAGGCUUCACAUGGCCACUAGAGUUACUAGGCUUGCACACUUGCUGUCCUUCACUUAAACCAUGCUUUCACUGCUUGCAAUGCUUCCUUUGGGCCUGUGGUCUUUAUCCCCACAGCAGUUCCCUCCUAAUGUCAUAAAAUGCUCAUUAAGAGAUGUUGCUAAUAUACAAUCAUCCUAAUGGGAAGGAGCCUGCGCCCCUCUGUCUCACUCUUCAAGCACUGACUUCUAUCCAUGCUACCUUUUGUCAUUCUGCCUCUUUGAAGGCUGCUUAAUUGGAGUUAUGGGUUUUCUUCCGUUUCUGGAUAGCAUUAACCUAGGGAUACUUGGAGAGUUAUUUUUCCUUUGGGGAGGUUCUUAAAUGCAGCUGCCUGCAUAGGUGGGUGGUUGUUACAGGUGACUUCAGGCCCGUACAUGAGAGCUUGUUGGUACUGCCACAGCCACAAAGUCCAGGGAUUGUGCUGCAGCACAGCUCCUGCUUCAUGGUGUCAAAGGGGUCUGGCAGAGCCUCUGAGCAGAGCUGCAGCCUUGCCCUAUCCUGGGCUCUGACACAGCCUGAGGAGGCAGCUGUGUUGUUGCUGUACAGAGGCAGGAGCCAAGUUUAGCUACAGCAGGAAACCUGUUGUAGUUUGAUGCCCUGAUUCUGAUGGGGCUGUUUCUGCUGAAGGGCUGCGUGGUGCUGCUGGGGCAGGGGCUGCCAGGCUGUGGGGUGUGAGGCUGAGUCCUGUCUGCACCUGUGGGCCUGCAGCAGAGCUGCUGAAGGUGCAGUGCUCUCAUCUUUUAUUUUAUUUUUUUCCUUCAGUCAAAUUAACUGGUUGUCUGUGCAAUAUUCUGUGUUCUGAACUAUUCCACAUCUCCCCGAGCCUUUUCUAGCUGGGGCAAAAACCAGAAACAAUUCUAAAAGCUAGUAGUUUUGUAAUGAUGACUUUCUCCAAACCUUUUACAGACUUGCAGUUAACAGCAAUUAAAGGAAUUCUACAGAGUCA